AUGUCUCUAGGUAUGGUUCAUCAAGUUGAUAAUAGUUUUGACGCAAAUGAUUUUUUCCAUCCAGUACUCGCGGAUCUUCCAACCAUAAUGGAGAGCGAUGAACUGCAGAGCAGUAAUCCUGGAAUACUCGUGUCUUCUCCAACUGAUGGUGGUUCCCUUCAAAAUCCACUAGAUCUUGAGAUCAUGGAAGCCUCCGAAAAGAAUAUAUCGACGGUACCUUCAACAAAUCAUACCUUCAUAGUUACUCGACCAAGUACGCCGGACACCGACAAAACGGCGGUUGAUCUGGGAAAUGGUGCAGUGGAGUCACUAUCAGCUUUGCCCCCCUCACGGGGUAAUAGUCGACCAGUUACUCCAAAUAGCGAUAAAAUCAUUAAACAUUCAUCGACAUCGCAAUUAAAUGCUAGCAGAUCACAAACACCUGACGCGAUAAGAAGAAUAUCUCGAAGCAAAAAUAGAAGUUCGCCAACGCCCU